AUGAUUUUUAAUGAGUGUAAGCUGAUGGCGAUGUCAAAUUUGAAAGCGCUCAGCUCUGACCAGGCCGAAGAGGUCGAGGCGAUGGAGUCCAUUUACCCAGAGGAAUGGAAGAAGCUUGAAUGGAAUAAGUUUAAACUUCAAUUCGAUCUACAACACGUGAAGCACAGUUUUGCGACAAAACCGGUGCUGGAGCUGAUCGUUGGAUUAUCUUCGGGAUACCCGGAAGUCGCUCCUCCGACGUAUGAACUAAAAAUCAGCCAUCCUUCAGUGAUCGAAAAACGGUUGAUAGAUAACCUCGGUAUGCAGCUGGAGAACCUUUAUUUGGAUAACAUCGGAUCCCCGGUUUUAUUCGAAUGGGGCAAACAAGUGGAGACGUUCGUGAAGGAACUCAACAUUCCCAAUGAAAAUGAAGAACGUCAUGGGCUGCUCGAUGUGACGGUGUCCCCGAUCCCGGAAAUCGACAUGCACGACAGUUUGGAUUCGUUAGAUUUGACAUUUUAUGACAGCACCCCGAAAUCUAUACCGAUCUUGCACAGUUCAGUGAUCACUGACAGAAAAAGUCGGUUUCAAGCUCAUGCUGCUGGUGUGACUAAUUUGGCAGAAGUAAGAUCGGUGGUGGAGCAGCUUUUAGCCUUUCGGCAAAUUCAAGCAGCCACGCAUAACGUGCGAGCUUAUCGAUUUUAUUGUCCCGAAAAGCGAGUGAUUCAUCAAGACUGUGAUGACGAUGGAGAGAGUCAAGCGGGGUCGAGAUUGUUGCAUCUGUUGAAAAUGACCCAUUCGAUGAACGUGAUAGUAGUCGUCUCUCGUUGGUACGGAGGUCAUUUGCUCGGACCUGAUCGUUUCAAGCACAUCAACAACGUGGCGCGAGAAGCACUCGUGGAAGGAGGGUUUUGUGAUACCGAGUCGAGUAGGAUGGAAAGCUCGAAAAUGAAUGAAGGAACCGAAUGUAACAAAAGCGAAACCAGGAAGAAAGGUCGACGAUAAAGCGUGCUCGUUUUUAUUGAUUCGCAGCUACUGUUUUUCGAUAAAUUUCGGAGCUGCAAAUUCAAUCCAGCCUUUUUUCCAGCUCGAGUUUAUUUUUUUUCGUAU